CUGUCAAAUUAACUGAACCAGCUCACAGAAGUUGGGUAAAAAAAAGACCCACACCGAAAAGUCAAUAAAAAUGAAAAAUAAAUAAAUCUUACGUAGAGCACAUUAAUGCUUUAACCAAACCAAAAAUAUCUAAUAUAAAUAUUACUAUCCAUUAGUUCAUCGCUCACUCUGCGACACACACACACACACACAACUAUGGAGCUCGUCACAACUCUAGCCAGCUGGUUAACGCCGACGACUCUCUUCCUCCUCCUCAAUUUCACCAUCGGCACCAUUUUCUUCACCAACAGGCUCGGUUCCGGUUCUAAGAAACACCAACCGCAUCAAGAUGGGUUCGGUUCAGGUCCUAACCAUUAUCCGGCGCGGUUAGGCAGACCUCCCUCGUUCGUAGAAAGAGUUAAGUCCAUCAACUUCAGUCUCUACAACUCUCCUUCCCAUGAAUCCGAGAUCCACUUCCACGGGUCGGAUCCUAACCCGAACCCGGCUCCGUCUCUCUUUCAACGGGUCAGAUCCUUCAACAUGCCUUCCUUCAAGUUCCCACAACACAAUUCAGAAGGAGACUACGCUGCUUACGCACUCACGACCCCACCCGAGGAUCCGAACCGGGUCGACCCGAAAGACAAGAUCCGAGAAGAUGACGUUCCGACACAACCUCCGUCUCUCUUGCAGCGUGUGAAGUCCAUCAAGCUCCCUUCACUGUACAGAUCCGAGCCAGAACAGAGCUCCGAGGAGAAACCGCCGGAGAGGACGAAGUCGGAGCCGUGUAAGCCGGCGACGAAGAGCAAGAAGAAGAAGGCGGUGAAGAAGAUGACGAAAUCCGCUAGCGAGAAAGUCAGCGUCGGGCACAUUGGCCGGGAGGAGGAGACGGUUGAGGCGGUGGAGAAGAGGCGGCCGGAGACGACGAGGGUCGAGAGAACGACGUCGAUCGACGAAGGAGAGGAAGGUGUGGACGACAAAGCAUCAGACUUCAUCAACAAGUUUAAGCAGCAGCUGAAACUACAGAGGCUGGAUUCGUUUCUCAGGUACCGAGAGAUGCUCAAGAACAACUAGUUUUACGGUUUUACCCUUUGUCGGAAUGGGGUCUCUUGUGGGGUCUACUUGGUUAAAAAACAGAAAUACCCUUGUUUGAAGGGCGUUUUGGUCAUUUAGCAGCAUAUUACUUGUCAUUAGAUUUGGUGAUAAGUGCUGACAAACUAGUUAUGUCGUGUUCGUAAUUUCUAGAUCUGGACGUUUGGGUUCUACUGCACUUUUCUUUUUACUUUUACGUCUUUAGUCGGCCAAAGUAGUUUCUGCUACUACUUUUACGUUAAAAGGUUCUUAUAUUAUAAUUUUCUAAUGCUUUAAUCAAAACAUUCAUUGAGUUAUUAAAUA